UGGCUUUUUAUAAUUCCGUUCCUCACUUUACCGUGUGGGGAAUCCACAGGGUGAUACCGGGGGCUCCUCGAUCUCUCGUUGCAUUGCAUCCGUAGAGGCGAUCCUACUUCCAGGGCACCAAGAUGAUUGGAGGACUAUAACUAUAUAAUCGAUAAAAUCAAAACAGCCUUUCUCCAAAUGUAUGGAUGGAGCACUAUGAUCCGCCUUGACCGAGGAGCUACCAACCUAGACUUCACCCGCGAUGGUGGGACAGCCAAACAUCGGCCAGACGGGCUACAGCCAUUAUAUAAAUAUCUAGGUCUAGUCGAUUACGUAUCUAAAAUAUUUGGUUAUAAGUAGUACCCAAGGUCUUCAUAGUAAGUUCUCCGUGUGAAGGAGCUAACCUGGAACCCGUCCAUCAACAAUCAAAAUGAAGUAUCUCGGUGCAGGACUCCUCUCCCUCGCCGGCGCUGUCUCGGCCGAAGUACAAUUAUGGGCACAAUGUGGCGGCCAAGGUUUCACGGGAGAGUCGGCUUGCCCUUCGGGCUCUAGCUGCCAACCUACAAACCAGUGGUACUCGCAAUGCGUUCCCAUCCCCGAAUCAAGCGCCGUCGCAACUAGCUCCAAAACCGCCGUGUCCCCCAAGGCUACCGGCUUCGCGAAGACAGACGGUCUACUAUUCAAUAUCGACGGGGAGACCAAGUACUACGCAGGUACCAACAGCUACUGGAUCAGCUUCCUAACGAACAAUGCGGACGUGGAUAAGACGCUAGACGAGUUGGUCAAGGCCGGCCACAAGAUCCUGCGUGUCUGGGGUUUCAACGACGUCACUUCUCAACCCGGGUCCGGCACGGUGUACUUUCAAUACCUAUCCGCCCGCGGCUCGACUAUCAAUACCGGCGCGAAUGGUCUGCAGCGCCUAGACUACGUGGUCUCAGCAGCGGAGAAGCGAGGUAUUAAGUUAAUCAUCAACUUCGUGAAUAACUGGGGUGAUUACGGUGGUAUAGCUGCUUACGUAACGGCCUUCGGCGGCAGCGCAAAGACAUGGUACACCAACACCGCCGCGCAGACGCAAUACAAAGCGUACAUCAAAGCCGUCGUAUCUCGCUACGCCAACUCGAGCGCCGUGUUUGCAUGGGAACUCGCCAAUGAGCCGCGCUGCAACGGCUGCGAGACCAGCGUGCUGACUAACUGGGCUAAGACGACGUCUGAAUACGUUAAGAGCCUGGAUCCGGAUCAUAUGGUCACUUUGGGAGAUGAGGGAUUCGGACUCGCUGGAGAUGGAAGCUAUCCGUACCAGUUUGGUGAGGGCUUGGAUUUCGCGGCGAAUCUGAAGAUUGAGACUCUGGAUUUUGGAACUUUCCAUUUGUACCCUAGUACUUGGGGUACUGAGUAUGAUUGGGGGAAUGGUUGGAUUGAGGCCCAUGGAAAGGCUUGUGCUGCGGCGGGAAAGCCGUGUUUGUUUGAAGAAUAUGGAUCCUCAACGGACCACUGUGGUAUCGAAGGCAAAUGGCAGAACACGUCGCUCUCUACUAAGGGUCUGGCUGCGGACUUGUUCUGGCAACUUGGAACUACGCUUAGCACGGGUCAAACACACAAUGAUGGGUUUACUAUCUACACCGGCUCCUCGGAGUGGACGUGCCUGGUUACGAAUCAUGUUUCUGCUAUCAAAUCGGCGGGUAAGAAGUCAUGAUAGUCCUGUAAAUACCUAGGUAGCAUAAGAUAAAUUCCACCUAUUGGGCGAUUAUUGUAAUAUACCUGAUAGCAGUAUAUGCAAUAGCAAGUCAAUCCCAAGGUCGAGAGGGCUUGCAAUUU